AUGACAGUAGGAGAGUAUAUUCGUAAAUUUGAACAACUAUCCAGGUUUGCUACCCACAUGGUUAAUACUGAGGUACUAAAGGUAGAAAGAUUUCUUGAGGGGCUAAGACCAGAACUAUAUAGAGACGUAAGCAUGGCAAGAAUCCUAGAUGUUUCAUAUUCUCAAAUUCCGGAGAGAGCCUUAGUUGCAGAACAAGCCGAACAAAGGAUUAGUCGUGCUCAAGAGGCUCGUCGACAGUUUAGGCAAGGUCAAGGACAGCAUUGGCCUAGAAAAGAUAAGAAAAGGUCUUUCCAAGGACAGAAUCAGAAGCCUAAGUUUCAACCGAGACAAGGACAACAACAUUGGGAUCAGGGCAAACGUCCAAUGAUAGAUCAAGGAAAAGCCUCAACAACACAACCAUCUUGUCCCAAAUGUGGUGGACAGCAUACUGGAGCAUGUCCUAUAGAGACUAGAACAUGUUAUGUUUGUGGAAAGAUGGGACAUCUUGCUAGAGCAUGCCCAGGUAAUCCAAACCCUAUGGAGCAAAAGAAAGUGCCAGCUAGGGUGUUUACUAUUACCAGAUCUGAUGCUGAGACAAAUCCAUCCGUGGUAACAGGUAAAUUCUCUAUUUUUGGCAUCACAGCACUUGUACUAUUUGAUUAUGGAGCUACACAUUCAUUUGUUUCUACCGAGUAUGUGAGAAGGCUGGGUAGGACACCUGAUAUACAUGAAGUCAGUUAUAGUGUAACUAUUCCAUCUGGAGAUGUACAACAAACCAAUCUAAUUGUAAGAGCAUGUGCGAUCCUUAUAAAAAAUCGAGAGCUCUAUGCAGAUUUAAUUGUGUUAGAAAUGAAAGAUUAUGAUAUAAUUUUGGGUAUGAAUUGGUUGUCAAAAUAUCAAGCUAGUAUAGAUUAUAUGAGGAAGUCAGUAACCUUUCAACCUUUGGGAAAUGAGCCAUUUACAUUUAUUGGGAUCGAAAAAGAUUUUAGAGUUCCAACCAUAUCGGUAUUGAAAGCACAAAGGUUACUAGAUAGUGAGUGUGCAGGGUAUUUGGUUAGUGUUAAUGCUAUUGAAGCACAACACAAUCCGAAUCUUAGUGAUGUGCCAGUGGCACAAGAAUUUCCAGAGGUAUUUCCUGAUAAUUUACCUGGGGUACCACCAGAUCGUGAGAUAGAGUUUGUAAUUGAUUUAAUUCCAGGAACAUCUCCAAAUUCCAAGGCUCCAUAUAGAAUGGCCCCAACUGAACUAAAAGAGUUGAAGUUACAAUUACAAGAGUUGUUAGAUAAAGCCUAUCAAAGCACCCGUGGCUUUCAGGGAAACUAUCAUAAUAGCCGUCAAGGAAAUUUUAACGGUAGCAACAGUAACAACUGGAACAAGGAAAAGCAACAGAGGGCCGAACUGAUGCCACUCCCAAAUUGA